UUGAAUUGAUGAACAUGACCGUUGGAUAAGUAUUACGUUAUUGCCUAACAACGUAUUCGUUUUAAUGGGGGAGUGAGUUUUUUUUUUUUUUGUUAACAUUGAUAGUCAUGUUGCAAUAUACCAAACAAUUUAAUAUAGUUUGCGGAAAAUCAUUGCAGAAUAAAUAAUAGGAUUCGUUAAAAAAAAACAGCUAAUAAAACUUGUCUUUAAUUAAGAAUAUUCUUACAAAUUUCACAUUAGAAAGAAAAUCAAAUUUAAUCGGGAAACAUAAAAAAAUGAUCGUAAACUUUUUUGCCCACUGUAUAAACUUCAGAGGGUCGAAAAUGUCUCCAUCCCUGCGUUGCAAACUUCUGACUAAAAUUAUAAUACCCUCUAGAUGUGUAUAAACAUGGGAUAAUUUUAGAACUGUUAUAAAUUAACAACGGGUACUUCCCAAAAUACAUGUUUCUUAGCAUUAUAAUGUGUUUAAUGGAUUUAAAAAAAAAUAAAUUGGUUAAUAUUUUGUUUUGGUUAAAAUUUCUACAUUCUUUUCUGAAAUAUUUAACAGGAUUUUGACUCUUAAACAAUAAAUCCAUUUAAAAUCAAUUUGCAUUGUUUUAAUAUCAGCUAAACAUUAAUUGUCAAAUUAUUAUUAUUGAGUUGUUAUCAACAAACAAAAACAUGUAAUAUGAACAUAAAUAAUAAUUUAAAAUUUUCCCCAAUUUCUAAAAAUAUCUGUGGAAUUGUGCGAGGUUCAGUCGUUUAGGAACACCCCAAACAACUUAAUAUCGAUACCGCGUAAAGUGACAGUGACAGUGACAGUGAUCAAGUCCAUAUAUAAUUUAGGUGCGGUCGGUAUACAAAAGUUUCAUUUAGUUCUGUGAAUCCCAGAAAGAAGGAGCAAAAAAGGAAAAUGUCGCUUAAAUUCAACGAGGCAAUUGAAAUGUUGAUAGAAAAUCUGUCAAAAACUAUUAAACCUGAACAGGAAACAUAUAUGCAGGAUGCAGCCGAAAUAUCCGAGAAAAUAAAUCAGGAACUUAUCUACAUUAAUUCUAUUUUCAAGGGUACAGUCACCAAAUGGGAUCAGACAUAUAUGUUCGCCUAUAAACCAUACCCCAAAGCCAGAGUACCGAUUUUGUGGGUAGAAAUGCCAUUUGCGAUUGAGCCACAGAAUGUUUACGUUCACCGUGAUCCUGGAUGCCGAUUGUUUAACCUUAAGACGACUGUGAAUCAUCCAGCAGUUGAUAAUGGAUACGUGAACGGCGAAAAGUUGACCAAGCUUUUCUACUUUGAUUUGAACAGAGUCGUGGACAGAAUGACGAAUUUUAUUUGUAAAAGCGGAAAAAUGUAUAAUCUACGCACUAACCUAUUGCAUGAUGAAUCUUUCAUCAUCGUUGUCAAGGAAUAUGGCAGGAAUGGAUUGGAGGAAAACGAGCUAUUGAUUUAUGAGUUUAAACUCACUCUUAAAUUCUCCAACAAUUUUUUCCUAUACACCUACCGUGUCGAUUUCUUUAAACAAGCCGAAAAACUCGAGGUCGAAGCAGUGGAAAAAAAAGUCAUCAAAUUGUUAACCAAUGUAAAAAAAUUGUUUCUACAAUUACAAGAUGAAAAUCUAGUUAUGCCAGUUACAAAUUUUGCAAUUGAUUCUCUUGAUUUUCGUGUAGAACCCAACACCGGGGAAUAUUUACUUGCGGUGAGUUUUCACAGCUUUAUAAUCAAUUAUUACUAUAACAUUGUUAUGAACCAUCAGGCACUAUCAAACAUAAUUCCGAUCAUCCCAAAACGCGGACGUUUCGUAUGCAUCUUGGGAAAAUUGAUGCAGUUCAAGGAAUCGGACUCCGUUACAAUGCCAGAGCUAAAGGCUCUUUUUGGUCUGCCUUGAAUAUUUGAUCGAAUUUCAAGAAAGAUUUGGAUAAAACCACUUGGACGCUGUUUAUUCUACAGAAAAGAAUAAUGAAAAAUACUUAAACUCCUUAUUGCAUGAAAACAACCAGCACGUCAUGGUCAAGACAAAGACAACUUUUACAUAUAAAUAAUAA